GUCUUGAGGCGCCCUCUAACGUUACGCGCUACCGCUGCUUCAUUGCAUUUGAUUCUCCGCGACUCUCUCCGUGACUAGCGUUUGUGACAAAUCGGCAUUUUAUACUUUACGUCUGCUUUUAGUGAAAACAAAGCGUUUAAGGAUGUUUCUAACGCGUUCUGAAUACGAUCGUGGGGUGAACACCUUCUCACCGGAGGGCAGACUAUUUCAAGUCGAGUAUGCCAUAGAAGCCAUUAAGCUCGGUUCUACUGCCAUCGGAAUUGCAACGACGGAGGGAGUUGUUCUAGCAGUCGAGAAACGCAUUACUUCCACCUUAAUGGAGCCGACAACUGUAGAAAAAAUUGUAGAAAUCGAUAGACAUAUAGGAUGUGCGGCGUCCGGUUUGAUGGCCGAUUCGCGGACAAUGAUCGAUAGAGCUCGAGUUGAAUGCCAAAAUCAUUGGUUCGUCUACAACGAAAGAAUGACGGUGGAGUCGACCGCCCAGGCUGUAUCUAAUUUAGCGAUACAGUUUGGAGACAGCGACGAUGACGGCACUGCCAUGUCCAGACCGUUUGGUGUAGCGAUGUUAUUCGCUGGAAUCGACGAGAAAGGCCCACAACUGUAUCACAUGGACCCAUCUGGUACUUUUGUUCAAUUUGAUGCAAAAGCUAUAGGGUCUGGCAGCGAAGGAGCGCAGCAAAAUCUUCAAGAAGUUUAUCAUAAGUCCAUGACGCUCAAAGAAGCGUUGAAAACUGCGCUAACAAUACUGAAGCAAGUGAUGGAGGAAAAACUGAACGAUACCAAUAUCGAAGUGAUGACGAUGACGCCCGGACAAUUGUUUCACAUGUUUAGCAAGGAGGAAUUACAAGAGGUGAUCAAAGAUAUUGCUUAAAAGUUAUAUAUGAGUUAUAAUAAACGAUUUCACUACACUAGAUUGCGAAGAGAAAAAGAAACAAAUUUCUUAAUGGAAUAGCGUGUAAUGCAAAUGUAAAUUAUAUCUCCAUUUUACAUGGAGCACUUUACGUCUGUAUAUUUAAUAUUUUCAUUUAUCUUCUUUUAAAAGAGAAUAUUGAAAAAAAAGAAAA